AUGGGGCGGCGGGGGCUGAUUUGGGGCUGCGGCUGCGGCUGGCGGCUUCUUUCCACCCCUGGCCACCCAGCUACGGCGCAGGCAGGAGCAGCUGCCCCUGCCGGCUGCCUCCUCUUCCUCCCGGCUCGCCCUACCCCCUGCCCUCCUUCCCUGCCCCUCUGGCCUCGGUUGGGAGGCGACUGUCAGCUAGGUUUGGCCCAGGGGCUGGGGGAGGUGAGAGUUGCUUUCGCCAACCACUCUCUGUCUCCGUCUCUCUCUCUUCUUUCUUCCCUCCCUCCCUUCCUCCCUCCUUUCCUCCUUUCCUUAUCCGCUACACACACACACACACACACACACACACACACACAACCGUGACGGGUUCUCCACAGCUCUCAACCCACAAAGAGAGAGAGAGAGAGAGAGGAACGAGCAGCAGAUGAGAACCUGGAACAGAUAGAAGGAAAAAAGGAGAGCUCGGGGUUGGACAUUUUGGGAUCUAGGGGUGGGGAGGAGAAAGGGAGCACACCUCCUCUAUUUUCCCCUCCCCACCCCUCCUUGCUCUUCUCUCCUCUUCGCUUGUGUAGGAUUUUCUUGAAGCAGCUGCAGUAGGGGAGAGAAACCUUUAGCCCAGAAAAAAAAGGGGUUGGAAAGGUGGCCAGAGCUCCCAUGAGCUACCUAGCUUGACUGUGCCUGUAAGAGCGUGAAUGCGGUUCCCCCUACACACCCCUACACACACACACACACACACACACACCGCACUCCUCUUCAUACCAGGGUGCCAGCUAUCCUCAAUCUCUUGCUGUCUGCUUUAGCUUCUCCCCUUGCUCUUAUUGUUUGUGGCUUGCAGUGUCAAGGAGUGCCUGUGUUUGGAGGGGCUCGGGUUGGGAGAGAGCUGAGAGAAGAGCAAAGGAGAGCAGGGCAGGAGCGCCUGGGGAGCGAAGAGUUUAAGGCACUGGCAGAGGCAAAAAAGGUGAGGGGGUCUGCCUAGCCAGCUUGAAGUUUAGCUGAAGAGCAAACCAGAAAGCGCAUGUACGAGUCAGUCCUGGGGCCCCUCUCAGCACCCUGAUCCCUUUGCCUGUGCCUAAACCACCCACCCACUGGCAGCCUCCAGGACAGGGACUGUCCCAGGUGGCUGGCUGUUCUUUGAGUGUCGCGGAAACCGAGUCCAGUAAGGCUGCCGCCCCACGCGCCCGCCCGGUUGCACUGACUCCAGAAAACACAAAUCUGAAGAAACCACUUGGCCUGGGUUGCAGGUGUCAAAGAACUAUGCAUUUCAUCCUUUUUCAUUCUGCAGAAUAAGGUUUCUAAAUUGCUAUGAACCAUGGCCCAGCUCUACUACAAGAAGGUCAAUUACUCACCAUACAGAGACCGCAUCCCCCUCCAAAUCGUGAGGGCUGAGACUGAGCUCUCUGCUGAAGAGAAGGCCUUCCUUAAUGCUGUGGAAAAAGGGGACUAUGCCACAGUGAAGCAGGCACUACAGGAGGCCGAGAUCUAUUACAAUGUCAACAUCAACUGCAUGGAUCCUUUGGGCAGGAGUGCCCUGCUCAUCGCCAUUGAGAACGAGAACUUGGAGAUCAUGGAGCUCCUGUUAAACCACAGCGUGUACGUGGGCGAUGCGUUACUCUAUGCAAUCCGAAAGGAGGUUGUAGGCGCCGUGGAGCUUCUGCUUAGCUACAGGAAGCCCAGUGGAGAGAAGCAGGUUCCUACUCUGAUGAUGGACACACAGUUUUCUGAGUUCACACCAGAUAUCACUCCCAUCAUGUUAGCUGCCCAUACCAACAACUAUGAAAUAAUCAAAUUGCUUGUCCAAAAGAGGGUCACUAUCCCUCGGCCCCACCAGAUCCGCUGCAACUGUGUGGAGUGUGUGUCCAGUUCAGAGGUGGACAGCCUGCGUCAUUCAAGGUCCCGACUGAACAUCUACAAGGCUCUGGCAAGCCCCUCACUCAUUGCCUUAUCAAGUGAAGACCCCAUCCUCACUGCCUUCAGGCUGGGUUGGGAACUCAAGGAGUUAAGCAAGGUGGAAAAUGAAUUCAAGGCUGAGUAUGAAGAGCUCUCCCAGCAAUGUAAGCUCUUUGCCAAGGACCUGCUAGACCAAGCUCGAAGCUCCCGAGAGCUGGAGAUCAUCCUCAACCAUCGAGAUGACCACAGUGAAGAACUUGACCCACAGAAGUACCAUGACCUGGCCAAGCUGAAGGUGGCAAUCAAAUAUCACCAGAAAGAGUUUGUCGCUCAGCCAAACUGCCAACAACUGCUUGCCACCCUGUGGUAUGAUGGCUUCCCUGGAUGGCGGAGAAAACACUGGGUAGUCAAGCUUCUGACCUGCAUGACCAUUGGGUUCUUGUUCCCUAUGCUGUCCAUAGCCUAUCUGAUCUCACCCAGAAGCAACCUUGGGUUGUUCAUCAAGAAGCCCUUUAUCAAGUUCAUAUGCCACACAGCAUCUUAUUUGACCUUCCUCUUCAUGCUUCUCCUGGCUUCUCAGCAUAUUGUCCGAACAGACCUCCAUGUACAAGGACCUCCCCCAACUGUUGUGGAAUGGAUGAUAUUGCCCUGGGUUCUAGGUUUCAUUUGGGGGGAGAUAAAGGAGAUGUGGGAUGGAGGAUUCACCGAAUACAUCCAUGAUUGGUGGAACUUAAUGGAUUUUGCAAUGAACUCCCUCUACCUGGCAACUAUUUCUUUGAAGAUUGUGGCCUAUGUCAAGUACAACGGUUCUCGUCCAAGGGAAGAAUGGGAAAUGUGGCACCCGACUCUGAUCGCUGAAGCGCUCUUCGCGAUAUCCAACAUUUUAAGUUCCCUGCGUCUCAUAUCCUUGUUCACAGCCAACUCCCACUUAGGACCUCUGCAGAUCUCUCUGGGACGCAUGCUUCUUGAUAUACUCAAGUUCCUCUUUAUCUACUGCCUAGUGCUGCUGGCUUUUGCCAACGGACUCAACCAGCUUUACUUUUACUAUGAGACAAGAGCCAUCGAUGAACCUAACAACUGCAAGGGGAUCCGGUGUGAGAAACAGAACAACGCCUUCUCCACGCUCUUUGAAACCCUGCAGUCACUCUUCUGGUCCGUUUUUGGUCUUUUGAAUCUCUAUGUCACCAAUGUGAAGGCCAGACACGAGUUCACCGAGUUUGUGGGAGCCACCAUGUUUGGGACCUACAAUGUCAUCUCCCUGGUGGUGCUGCUGAACAUGCUCAUUGCCAUGAUGAACAACUCCUACCAGCUGAUUGCCGAUCAUGCUGAUAUCGAGUGGAAGUUUGCAAGAACAAAGCUCUGGAUGAGUUACUUUGAUGAAGGUGGCACCUUGCCACCUCCUUUCAACAUUAUACCCAGCCCCAAAUCAUUUCUCUAUCUUGGCAACUGGCUCAACAACACCUUCUGUCCCAAAAGAGACCCUGAUGGAAGACGAAGAAGGCACAACCUGAGAAGCUUCACAGAACGCCAUGCUGAUAGCCUGAUACAAAAUCAACAUUAUCAGGAGGUUAUCAGGAAUUUAGUCAAGAGGUAUGUGGCUGCAAUGAUAAGAAACUCCAAAACAAACGAGGGGCUAACAGAAGAAAAUUUUAAGGAACUAAAGCAGGACAUCUCCAGCUUUCGAUACGAAGUCCUUGACCUCUUAGGAAAUAGAAAACAGCCAAGAAGAAGCCUUUCCACCAGCAGUGCUGACCUUUCUCAAAGGGACGACACCCAUGAUGGUAGUGGGGGGGCUCGAGCCAAAUCGAAGAGCGUCUCCUUCAAUUUGGGCUGCAAGAAAAAGUCCACCCAGGGAGCACCCCUCGUCAGAACCGUGCCAAGAGCCAGCAGUGCUCAAGGAAAGCAGAGGGCCGAGGCAUCAGGCAGACGUCCCUUCAUGGGUCCCUCCUUCAAGAAACUGGGUUUCCUGUUCUCCAAGUUUAAUGGUCAUUCGUCUGAACCUAGUUCAGAGCCCAUGUACACGAUCUCUGAUGGGAUCGCCCAGCAGCAUCACAUGUGGCGGGACGUCAGCUAUCCCCAGAUGGAGACAGGGCAGGCCGAGGCCUGUUCCCGAAGUGCAAUGGACCUCAGUGGGGUAGAGUUGGGUGAGAUCCGGGGUGCUGCUCGGAGCAGCGAGUGCCCUCUGGCCUGCUCCAGCUCUCUCCACUGCGCGUCCAGCAUCUGCUCCUCCAACUCUAAACUCUUGGACUCGUCAGAGGAUGUCUUUGAAACUUGGGGAGAGGCCUGUGACUUGCUCAUGCACAAAUGGGGUGAUGGACAGGAAGAACAAGUCACCACCCGGCUCUAAGUCCACUCUCCGCCAUCUGUUUUGGAAGUCGAGAGAAAAAUGUGCAAUUUUCCUGCUCUUAGAGGUGACCCCCAAAUAGGGUUCCCUCGCUGGCCCUGUCCAAGCAGGGAAGCUCCUCUCAUUUUCAGUCUUUUCUAGUCACGUUCUUCGUGUUCUGUUUGACCGUUGUGAUCAUUUGCCUUUUUAUACCUAGACGUACGAAAUACAUCUGGAACCCAGCUGAGGGAGCACUGCCCCUCGUCAGCAGAGGGGCAGUCGGGUGCUCAAGCCCCUUGUCUCGCCCUCCUCACUCCUGCCUCCGUGAAGCUCCAGGUGCCACUCGGCUAUCCCAGCUGCCGCACAGGGUCCUGACCCCACAGAGACGGCCAGCAGGCCCUGCCAGCCAUCAGUUGCUCUUCAGUGCCACAUGCUGCCUAUGCUGUCUCAGCGAAAAGCAGUUAAAGGGGGGCCCGACUCCAAAAACUUGUCAGCUUGUGGUUCCUAGGUAGAACUGGCCUUUCUCUUCCGUGUUUAAACACCUACAGCUUCUGAUUGUGGUGAUUGUGGAGGUUUUUGUUUCUUAAUGACGUGGUAGUUUUGUUUUUUGUUUUUUUAAAUGUGUGCCAAUGAAAUAUUUACUCUACAGUGCGUGUCAGAGCUAAUAAGUUAGCUGAUCUUCUUCCCUGUGUUUCUAUACUUUGGUUAGCUUACUGUAUUUUAAAUUUUGAGAGUCACUACAUCUCACACAUU